GUUUGUCAAAAUCGAUUUAGUUUACAAAUUGAUGGUAUAUUUUUCCUUUAUAGAUAAUAAAUUUCCUUUUUUACUAUAUCAGUUAUUGUGAUCUAUAUCCCUUCAGGCAAUAUGACUUUGUUAGAUUGAAAUUUGGCUGGGGUAAGAUAAAUCUAAUGAAGACAAAAUAUGGAAGUUCAAAAUGAGAAGGUUGAAAACAAAAGCCAGCAUCCCCUUGCCAGUGCAGGAUUCUUCUCCAAGCUAUUUUUCUUGUACACAUUCAAUUCGUUGAAGAAAACCUUCGAUCCAAAGAAGCCCUAUCUUCCUCUAUUAAAUGAUCGAAGUGAACUCUUAGGAGAUCGGUUAGAGAGAUCAUGGAACAAGCAGUCUAAAACCACAGGAAAAAAAAAGAAAAAAUAUGCACUAUUCAAAAGUAUACUGGAUGCCUUCCGGUGCGAAAUUUUAACUAUAGUUGUUAUAGCUACAAUAGAGGUGGUGCUACGUAUAGCAGAACCCGUUUGUCUCGGAUUUAUAUUAAGCUAUUUCCAACCACAUUCCACCAUGUCAAAGCAGGAAGUACUGUUGUGGACCAUAGGAAUGUUAGCUGCGAAUGGACUCAGAGUUAUCGCCUAUUCUCAGCAGAGAUACCAAACUUUGCAUACCUCCAUGAAAAUCAGAGUUUCCUGCAGCAACCUGAUAUACAGAAAGGUACUUAGGCUGAGAAGCACAACUUUACAGAAAGAUGGAGGUGGUAAAAUAGUGACCUUGAUCUCGAAUGACCUCAGUCGAUUCGAUAUGAGAACUGAACUCAUCAAUUACGUCUAUACAACACCAAUUGUAGUGGUUGCAGUGACUAUCAUCGUAUACCAACAGUUUGGUGUUUCUGGGCUUGUUGGUGUUGGAUUCAUAUUCUUGGUCAGUUUGAUCCAAGCCUUCUUUGCACACUAUACAUCUUUGUUCCAACUCCUUGCCUCUAAUCUAACAGAUGAAAGAUUGAGCUUGAUGCAUUCUCUUCUUAGUGGUAUCCAGGUAAUGAAGAUGUACGCUUGGGAAAAGCCUUUCGCUCAGUUGAUUGAAAAGGUGAGGACCAAAGAACUGGACGUCAUUGGGAAAUCUUUUUUGGUCAAAGCAGUUUACGAAUCGGUCUACACUUUCAUAGUACCAAUCAGUAUUUUCUUAGCUCUCUACGUAGUGAUUGAAGAGCACAGAAAGAUCACAGUGGUGAUGGUUUUCCUCCUUCUUAUAUACUACACCCUUCUUAAUUACAUAAUCUCAAUUUUCUUCACCCUCGGUAUCGCCAAGUUGUUUGAACUCUGGAUAGUGUUGAGCAGAGUGAACAACUUUUUGUUAAUGAAGGAACGUGAGGUUGAGAACUCAGCAGGCUCGGAGGAUCCAGAUGAAGUGUUCGUCCAACUGGAUAAUGUGUCAGCUGCUUGGGAUGAAGUCAAAGUAAAAGAAGAUGAAGAUACGACCACCAGUUCAGAAGAUUUAUCAGAGAAAACUUCACUUCUGCCUUCGAAAAAUAAAUCAGGAAAUACUGAGCGCAAAUCUGCUUAUUAUAGAGAAGCUGUAUGUUUGAAAAGUACUAAUUCUUUAAGAGGAAUCUCCUUGAGAGUUGAAUCCAACCAGUUUAUAGGCAUUAUAGGUGAAGUAGGAAGUGGUAAAAGUUCAUUACUCCAAGUAAUUUUAGGGGAGCUUUUGGUUUCCUCUGGCAAUAAGAAAAUUGGUGGAAAAAUAUCAUAUGCACCACAAACAGCAUGGACCUUCGCUUCAACCAUCCGACAAAACAUCUUAUUCGGCUUGGACUAUGAUAAUGAACGAUACAAGGAAGUGUUGAGGGUUUGCGGUUUGGAGCAAGAUCUAAAGCUUUUCCUGAAUGGAGAUUUGACAGUAAUUGGGGAUAGAGGAGCAUCUUUGAGCGGAGGCCAGAAGGCUAGAAUAAAUUUAGCUCGAGCUAUAUACAGAGACGCUGACAUCUAUCUGCUAGAUGAUCCAUUGUCAGCUGUGGAUGUUCGAGUGGCGAACCAUUUAUUCAAUGAAUGCAUCAUGAGCUUUCUCAAAACGAAGUGCAAGAUUCUGGUAACUCAUCACGUGAGCCAGUUACGCCAGGCUGAUAAUAUUAUAGCGAUGAAAAAAGGUGUUAUAGAGAAGCAGGGAUCCUAUGAAGAUAUGAUAAGAGUAGGAGCAAUACUUGAUGACUCGGAACCCUUGGAAGAGACUAAUAUAGAAAUGGAUUCAUUCAAAGACAAUUUUUCGUUCUUCAAAGAUAGAGAAGAAAAUCUCAACACAAGUAUGUCAACCUCUACCUCAUUCUCCAGUUCAAUUUUAGACUCUACGGAAACAGAAGCAGGCACAACUCGAUUCGAUCAGAGCUAUACAGAAAAAUCCCAAAAAAUUUUGCAUAACAGCAGAAAGAAGGGUCUAUUAUUUUUCAAAUAUAUAUUGGCAGGAGGCAAUGUAUUCUUGUUAUUAUGUACCACGCUUCUUUUCGUGCUCAAUCAGGUACUGAUAAGCGGAAUCAGUUAUUAUCUGGGUGUCUGGACCUCAAUCGAAGAAAUUAGAGAUCGACUUUCAUAUCUGGGCCCUGCCUUAUUGCGUUUGUUAUUCGGUUUGCACCUCAAAAUGUUCUACGAAGAUUGGUUUGGUUAUUUAGUAAUCGCACUUUGUAUAGCCGCCAUAUUGAAGGCUUGUUUAUACGCAAAGUUGGUGAAGUCAAAUUCGAAAAAACUCCACGAUACAAUGUUGGAAAAAGUAACAGGAACAAGUUUAAGAUUUUUCGAUAUUACCAGUAGUGGUAGAAUCUUGAAUAGGUUCUCCCGUGAUAUUGGUAUUAUAGAUGAACCAUUACCCAGGUCCAUCAUGGAGGCGACCCAAAUUUUACUGAUGUCUAUUGGUUCCUUCGUGCUCUUAGUACUCGUUGAUUUCGACUUUAUAAUUCCUACAGCCAUUCUAAACAUAAUUUUUGUAGGAUUGCUAAUUAUUUUCUCAAGGUUGACCAAGAAAAUCAAGAGAGUAGAAAGUAGAAUGGUUGGUCCAAUACUAUCUCACGUAAAUAACUCUGCUCAAGGAAUCACUACCAUCAAAGCUCUAUCUGCAGAAAGUGUCUUAAUCAAAGAAUUCGAGAACCAUCAAGACAAUUACACAAGUAGCUGGUUUUUGUAUGGAACUUCAUCGAUUGCCUUAUCUUUUUACAUCGAUUUAUCUUGUUUCCUUUUUCUUCUUUACAUAGCCUUCGUUCUGGUAUUUUACGCCGACAGUUUGCAUAUCAGUGGUGGCUUCGUUGGCGUGGCUCUCACUCAAGCUAUGAGCCUAACAGGUGUUAUUCAGUAUGGACUUCGUCAAACUUUGGAAGCUAACAAUCAGUUAAUAGCGGUGGAGAGAGUUUCACGUUACAACAAUCUGGAUAAGGAAGAAGAACCAUUUCUUUACGUGGAGCUCCCACCAGAUUGGCCGGCUGAAGGGAAAAUUGUCUUCGAAAAGGUCGGUCUGAGAUAUGAUCCACUACUUCCUUUAUCAUUGAGGAACUUGAGUUUCCUCAUCCAACCAAUGGAAAAAGUUGGUAUCGUAGGAAGAACUGGAGCAGGGAAAUCCUCAAUAAUGGCUGCUCUCUUCAGACUAACACUUGUCGAAGGAAGAAUCGAGAUAGACGGUUUCGACACCAGAGAUAUCUCGUUAAAACUUUUGAGAUCCAAGAUAUCUGUGAUUCCCCAAGAUCCAAUCCUUUUCGCUGGUACCUUAAGGUUCAACUUGGAUCCGUUCGAAGAACACAACGAUUCUACGUUGCACAAGGCUAUACAGGAUGUGGAUUUGAAAGAUGCCUCUGGACAGUACUACAGUUUGAAUUACCAGGUGAUGGAGAGAGGAUCCAACUGUAGCGUUGGACAGAGACAGCUCAUCUGCCUGGCAAGAGCACUCAUUAGGAACAAUAAAAUACUGCUGAUGGAUGAGGCGACUGCUAACGUUGAUCCUGGAACCGACACAUUGAUCCAGAAAACUAUCAGGAAGCAAUUCUCCCUGUGCACUGUAAUCACAGUGGCGCACCGUCUGAAUACUGUAAUGGAUUCCGAUAGGGUGAUAGUCAUGGAUUCUGGUCAGAUAAUAGAGUUCGAUCAUCCACACUUGCUCCUCCAGAAUCCCACUGGGACUUUCUACAGGAUGAUCCAUGAAACAGGAAAUUCUGAAUCUGAAAGGCUUAAGAAAGCAGCGUUCGAUAGUUACAUUGGAUGGAAAAAGUGAAUCCAAAAUGGAAAUUUUGUAUUUGUUCUAGGUACAAAUAAGGUUCUAAAGUGUAAACAUUCAAACUAUGUCUGAAUAUUGUCUGAUAUAUGAUUGUAUAAUAAUAUAUGAUCUCAAGUAUAAAUAGUGUUAUCUUAA